AUGGAGAAACAUCGCUUUGAGCAAAUGAAUAGACUCAUGAGCACUGCCUACUUCAUCGUGAAAGAGGAACUUUCUUUCCGCACUUUUCCAAGCAUCGUGGAGCUGCAGAUUAAGAACGGUCUGAGCUUGGGAUCAAUGUAUAGUAGUGACAACGCAUGUCGGAGAUUUGUGGAUUUCAUCUACAAUGAUAUCAUGGAACCCAUUUUUCAUGAAGUCCGAAGUGCCAAACACACUAGUAUCCUUGUUGAUAGCAGUACAGACUCCAGCAAUCGGGACCUUGAGCUGAUGUAUGCUAGAUACCUGAAGAAUGGUGUGCCAGUGAACGUCCUCAUUGGCCUACAAGAAUUGGAACAUGCUAAUGCCCCUGGUCAUUUCAAUGCAAUUAAACUUGCACUGGAAGCUAUCAGUUUUGACAACUGGCAGUCUUCCAUCGUUGCUCUUGGAACAGACGGUGCAGCAGUUAUGAUUGGACGUGAGAGAGGAUUGGCAACCUUGAUGAGAGAAAAGGUUCCCUGGCUCUACAACAUCCACUGCAUGGCCCAUCGUUUGGAGUUGGGAGUAAUGGAUGUAAUCAAACAACAUCAUGAGAUGCAGCGCAUCACUGACAUGCUACAAGGGAUGUUUAAAACCUACAAAGCGUCACCAAAAUCUUGGAGAGAUCUGCAAAGAGUGGCAGAGGUAAUGGAGACUAGGCUGCUGAGACCUGGUAAUGUCCAGGGAACCAGGUGGCUGCCACAUAUCAAAGCUGCUCUCCGGGCUUUGAUGGAAAGCUUCGAGGCAAUCUCAGCACAUAGGGAAAAUAUGGUAGAGCAGCGAGCUGGAAGUGCUGAGAUGCAAGGCCGAGCCAGAAAGUCCUUGCGAAUCCUGAAAGAUCAUAGGAUCGUGAGGUUCUCCUGCUUUAUCAUGGAUGUAUUAGACAUCCUUAGUAGACUUAGUCUCAGACUUCAGGAGGAUGUACUCACUGUUGCAGGAGGGGUUAAUGCUCUAAAAACUUGUGACCUUAGACUCAUGGGACUCAAGUCUACAGUCGGUGAGGCAGAAGGAGCCUUUGUGGAGGAAGUUAGCUCAGGACAGUACAAGGGUGUCGACAUGGAACCUCUUCAUGAUGAUGCUAUCACAUCUCUCAAUGCACUAAGAUCAACCAUACUGGAUGACAUAGCUGAACAUCUAUACAAGCGCUUCGAAAGCAUGCAGUCAGAUCUAAUACUUGCAGCAUGUGAUAUCAUCGAUGUUACUAGAUGGCCAACCGAGGAGACCCUAGGCGCCUAUGGAAAUGCUGCUGUGGAUGUCGUCAUUGACCACUUCAGGGAUGCUAUGGAACCUACAAACAUCAACAGAAUUCAUCAUGAGUGGGCAGUGCUAAAGACACAUAUUAGUAGAAUGUCACACACUCGCCGUUCCAAGGUAUGGAAGCAGGCCUUCAGCGAUGAGGACCUCAUGGAGGAAUGUCCAAACGUGAUGGGUGUGAUUGAGAUCAUACUCUUGCUGCCCCUACAGCAGCCUGUACAAACAGAUGCUUACAGCAUAGGGAGAGCAUUGAACAUAUGGAAGGAAAUGGGCAAAAAGCUAAGAGCGGAAAAAGAAGCCCUUGGGAAGAAUAGAAACAGGCACAAGAAAGUGAUGAUACCAGCACACUACCUUGCUAACAUCAUUGAUCUAAGAUUGAAAGGAGAGAUCCUGUCAGAGGAUGAAAGAAAUAAAACUCAAAGUUUGCAGGAAACCACCAUGGCAACUCUGAAUUUUUGCAUUGCCAGUUUCUGUCUCACACUCUCCUAG